AUGACCGAGUCCCCAACGCAGCAUCGACAACUCGCUCCAGGCCCUUCCCCACGAUGCGAAAUAUCCCCAGAUGACUCUCCGAUGGAGGAGCGCCGAGGCUCCGGUGAUUCCGGCAAGAAGCAGCAGCGGGCUUCAAUGGCAUGCAUAGCUUGUAAAAAAUCGAAGCGAAAGUGCUCGGGUAAGCAGCCAUGCGACACCUGCCGCACCUUGAAUAGAGAUUGUGUUUUCGACGAAACGCUUGACCAGCGCCGCCGCGUGGCGGCCAAGCGCACAGCUGAAGAAUUGGACUACUACCGCGGCUUGUAUAACGAUCUUCUCAGGGCAAUGCGUGAAGAGGACAGAUCGUCUGCCAUCGAACUGGUGGACAUGAUCCGACGAGACGCUACCAACGAAGAGUUACGCCAUCGCAUUGGGAGCAUCCUCAAAGUUACUGGGAGAAAAGGUGAUGAGACGGAAGAACCAGUCAGCAACCUAGAGGAUAUACAGUGUAUGAUCAACGAAGAUUUUAUGCAGUCGUGGCGGCCCCAAGUCAUGGACAUACACUACCUCUGUGUUGAUGCUCCCUAUCGAGUCCCCGCGCAACCCUGGACGAACGUUACGACCGACUCUGAUCUCGUCUCUCAUCUCGUCUCGCUUUAUUUUACAUGGGACUAUCCGUUCAAUACCUUUCUGGACCGCGAUGUGUUUCUCAAGCACAUGAUUGGGGGGAAUAUCAACUCGGAGUUUUGCAGCCCCUUCUUGGUGAACGCGCUACUCGCGAAUGCAUGUCAUUUUUCAGACUAUUCGGAGGCAUACGCCAGACAGGGAGAUAUCAUGAGCAAGGGGAAUGACUUCCUGGCUGAGGCCGAGCGGCUAAGAGAAAUCGAGCCUCCCAGACUAUCACUCACCCACAUUCAAGGAAUCCUCCUGCUAUGUGAAAGAUACUCCCUUUGCGGUAAGAAUGAUUGCGGGUAUAAAAUGCUGCAUUUGGCCAUUUGGACUGGAGAGGCCAAGGGACUUAUUGGUGAAAGGAAGCCAGCCCUAUCGAGCAACGAGUUCCCGGAGGAUAUGGAAGUGUCACUAAGGCGGACUGCCUGGGGCUUAUUCCAGAUUGAUACACAUGACCAGAAUACUCGUUGGUUGCCAUACCCCAUAAGUGGAGAGCCAAAGGAGUCAUACCUCAAUGAGUACUUCGACAUAUCGUGCAAUCUGAGCGAGAUCGCGCGGGACAUGUCCCAGUGGCUCUUUGCGAGUCACGGAAGAGUACCAUCGGCUACGGAACUAAUCAGGAUCAAGGAGGUGUUGUUCCGGAGGCUGCGCGAAUGGACGGAGGGAUUGCCCGCCCACUUCAAGCGAGACGACGAGGUGCCGCCGUACGUACUUGUCAUGAAAAUGCGGUAUCACACUCUGAUCAUCAUCCUUCUACUGUUCCAUGCCGAGGAUGAGAUCCUGGGUCCCCCCAUGGAAGGUCUCAAAACCCCGGAAAGCCUAACGAGUCCCAGCCCACUGCUAGAGUGCAACAAGUGUGACACCAUUGAGUCGGCAGCGCGAGCAAUUGCGACACUUGUGCGCAUCCAGCGACAGAAUUACGGCACAGCUCAUGCUCACCAUUUCACCAUGUACGCUAUCAACCUGGCCCUCUUCGUGCUAGUGGAGCGACAAGGCAAAUUUGACAUCCUAGACAACGCCUUCCUAUUUCUUGCGAGUGUUUUUGCUAGUAUAGCAAGUCGGUCCCAAUUAGGGCGGAAUCUGUUUCAUAUAUUCCGCCAGAGUGUCCGCGCCAAGCGCCAAGGUAGUCGAAUCCGCCAUUCUACCGCGGUCAAUGAUGAGAUGAAGACUUUGUUCGACGAGGAGUCUACAUUACCGUCGGUAUUUGACGAGUUCGCUAAUGGGUUGGAGAAAUUGGACGCAGACGGGCGGUAUCGCGUGCUGGGACACUGUCCCGGGGGACCCCAGGCUACCACUUCCAGCAGGGCUGACCAGCUUGUCGCAAGUGAGUGGUGCCGGCAUAAUCCACUCUCUGAUAUGCUUAACUGCUACGAGAUUUUGAGCUGUGGUCGGCUUUACAGAUAG